AUGUCGACUAUCCUCGACGUCAUGGCUUUGGAAGGACCUGAUAUGAUCACUGGUACUAAGCAUACCUUACUAGAGCUGCACACAUUUUGCAUGGCUGUGAAAGCAUCUAAACAUGUAUUCCCGCGACUGAAGCCUACUGUCCGAGCGGAUGUCGGCGCAUGGCCCAGCGCUAAACGAAUGGCAUCGAUCAAGGAGAUAUACGUCGCCGCCCAGAAUUUACAUCAAAACGAAGUGCAGAAAAAGCACUCGUUCGUCUGGGUCGAUCCUGAUGCCUCGACCGAGUCCCCCUCAUUAGCAUCCGAUACGAAAGAUCAGAAAUCACGACACGCACUUGAACAGAUCAUCGAGAAACACUGUGUCGACCACCUGCUCACUGCCGAAGUAUCUUGCGACACUACCGAGCAGAUAUUGCGUGAUAUCCUUGAAGUCUGGGAGAAUACCGGAGAAGGUGUGGAUGAUGUCGACCGGCGCAUGCUAGCUAUACUGGUUUCAAGAGAUAUCGACAAUCCUUCUGGGCACAAGUGCGAAUGCAUCUAUGAGCUCGCAGUAGAUCUUAGCUUGGGGCGAUCUUCUUCUUUUGUCCGAGACAUGGUGCGUAUCGUUCGUGUGCAGGAGACGGACACACGGCAAGCCAUCAUUGCUUUGACGAACACCCUGGCAGCACGGGAAGGUUGCAAAAAAUGUUGGAGAGGGGUCUUACUAAGAUGGCUGAACCAAAAUGAGAAGCAAGAAGCGCGAUGGGGCACUGCCAUCAUCGACCACUUGGUCCAAACCAUGGACCCUGCGACAUGGCUCUCCUUCAUGCAAUCACUGGAGACGAUCUUCGCCGACACUAUUGCCGAUAACACCAACAAACACGAGUUACCGUCUCUACUGCGGCCCCAGAUUUUGACUUGGGUAUCAGAAGUAGCAAAGUUCGGGCCCACCUUGACGAAGCUCGAAGAAGUAUCCGAGAGUCCAUCCGCAGUACGUCACAUGUUAUUCUAUGGUACCGAACCACGAAGGAAAGAGAAUCUCGCCAUACUUUCGCAUCUCAAAAAAGCGGAAGGAAAUUCAGCGGAAGCAGUCAUGCAAAACAUUGUCCUUUGGAUAUCCGGUCGAAGAUCAGAUAUGCGCGAGGUCAUUGAGUGUUUAUCCAAACUACUGGACGCGCCAUAUGAGGCUAUAGAAGCAUGUAACGAGAUUUGGGAUGCGAAAUGUGGUUUUCUGGACAUACCUGGACUACCUACUCACGAGCAAGCUGGUCUAUCUCGGAUCGUCUCAAGAGAUGUUGUCUACUACGACGACGCGUCUGAACAGUACAAGAUCAUGAUGCAACCAGACCCAUUGACGUCAAAGGCGAAGAGACCUCUCCAAACAAUUGCCAAGCGAAGAUAUGACGUCCCAUUAGCUGUCACUGAGGUCAUGGUUGCUGGUUGGAUCCAAGACGACGACGUAGCACCAGAGACGAAGACCGUCAUCGAAUGCCUAGCUCGUCUGCUCAACUUGGAAGUGUACAAGCGGGAUAUCCCCAAAGGCGAGCUCUCGAAAGCGACAGAAUUCUGGAAUGGUAUCGAAGCAGAGAUCAUGCGAGAAGCCGAACGCCUCGAAGGGCUGAAGAGGACACUGAAAGCGAAAGACCCCUUGCAGACAGCCUUGCUGAUCGAAGAGUACAAUAUACCCGAUAGCAAUCUACUGGAAGAUGAAAUACAAGAAUUGCCUCCCGGCAUCAUCGAUCUAGUCGAAUUGAUCGAUGAUGACGAGAUCGAGAUGAGCUUCACACUCGCUUCCUACACUGAGCUACAACGAAGCGCAAUGGGCGUACCGAGCACAGCGAACAACCUUCUCUUACGGCUAACCAUUGAUCGGUACGCCCUCCCCCUCGACGUCCGCAUCCCCGAAAUCCGCACCGACAUCUUCGCCGUCGACAUGCUCCUCAGCUCCGUCUACAGCGCCGCCAUGGCCAACAAAGCCGAGCUCCUCCCCAACUGUCCCAUCCACCCCAUCAGCACCGUCAAAACCAUCCUCGAUAGUCUACCCAAACUGUCCGUCAUCCGCGACGCAGUCCACAUCUCCACCGUCCUGUCGAAAUACCACGUCGACGCCGAGAAGCUCAUCUCAUGGGCAUACUACAGUACUGUUCCACGGUACAUCACUGGAUCGCCUCCCAGCGAUCCUCGCUAA